AUGGAUUACUUUAGAGAAAAAAGAAUUAUAAAUGGAAUUUUUACUUUAUUGUCAUCAUACCCAUUCUACCUAUUAUCAUCAAUUGAAAAGACAAGAAAUGGAGUUGGAUAUUCAAAUACUAUGGAAAUCAUUAACGAAAUUAAAAAUGAAAAAGGCAUCAUUGGUUUCUAUAAAGGUAUUGGUACAUUAAUAAUUUUAUCACCAAUUUAUUUCUCAACAAAAUUAAUUUUUAAUUAUUUAAUUUCAAAAUUAUUUAAAAACAUUAAUUCAAUCUAUAAAAAUAAAAAUAAAAAUGAAAAUAAAAAUAAAAAUGAAAAUAUAAAUAAAAAUAAAAAUCAAAUUAAAUUAAUAAUUUCAUUGAUUUAUCAAUAUCCAAAAAUGUUUAUAAAAGAUUGUUUGAUAUUGUCACCUUUUAAAUAUAAUAGUUUAAAAAUUAUUAAUGAUAUAAUAUUUAGAGAUAAUGGUGAUUUAAAUAUUAAAAGUGCAAUUAUAAUUUUAAUUAAAUUUUUACCUGGUUUACCAAUUUUCAUAUUAAAAAGAAUUUUAAAUUUAAUAGCUGGUAGAAAAAUAAAAACAAAUUUAUUAAGUGGCUAUUCAUUUUCAAAUUUAUUUUAUUCUUCAAUUUCAAUUAUACCAAUUUUAAUUUUAAAACAUUUAAUAAUAACAAUUGGUUUAAAUCAAAUUAAUAAAAAAAUUAAUAAAAUAAUUAACAAUAAUAAUAAUAAAUUAAUAUUACAUUUUAAAAAUAUUUAUUUUAAUUCAAUCACUCAAGGAAUUUUAAUAACAAUUUUAACAAAUCCAUUAGAAGUUAUACGUUUACAAUAUAUUAAUCAAUUCGUUAGUUCAUAUGUAGAGAAAUCUUUAACCUCUCAAUCACACCAACAAUAUAGUUGUGGAAGUGAUAGUGCUAUUUUUAAUAAUAUUCUACCAAUUGUAAUUGAUCCAAUUUCAAUGGCAAUUAAAAUAUCAAAAGAAAAAGGUAUUACUCAUUUAUUAUUUUCUGGUUUUAUCACUUUCUCAAUAUUUAAUAUUUUAAAUAAAAUUUCAAAUAAUAAUAAUAAUAAUGAAUCGUUGGUAAAAUAA